GAGCGGAACACGCGCGUCCUGCUCUACGGCUGCUCCGUCGUCGUGUCCACGCUGGGCCUCUGCUACGCGUCCGUGCCGCUCUACAAGGUCUUCUGCCAGACGACGGGCUUCGGCGGCACGACGAAGCGCGCGGACCCGGAGGAGGCGGCGCGGCUGCUCGCGCCCGUCGAGGGCGGCCGCGUGCUGCGCGUCACGUUCGACGCGCACGUGUCCGACAGCCUGCCCUGGUCGUUCGCGCCGGCCCAGCGCGACGUGCGGCUCGUGCCCGGCGAGAGCGCCCUGGCCUUCUACACGGCGACGAACACCGCGGACCACGCCAUCACGGGCGUCGCGACGUACAACGUGCAGCCGCCGCAGGCCGGGCAGUACUUCGUGAAGAUCCAGUGCUUCUGCUUCGACGAGCAGCGGCUCGGCGCGGGCGAGGAGGUCGACAUGCCCGUGCUCUUCGUCGUCGACCCGGCCUACCUCGACGACCCGGCGCUGAAGCGCGUCUCGAACCUCACGCUGUCCUACAACUUCUUCAAGACGGGCGACGAC